UAAUACUUGCUCUCAGACAAGUGCGUGCGUGACGAUACAGUAUGCCCAAGAACCUGUUGGCUGUUGCAACAAAACAGAAAAAAAAAGAAAGAAAGAGGAGAAGCUACACUAGUAACAAGCAACAGGCGUGUGUGUAGCAAUCAAUAAACGAGGCCAGAUCGUGGGCAACGGCAAGAAUUCUGCUGCUCCAGUUCUCAACAAUGAUCUCCUGUACCAGCCACCAGCAGCUCCUGCCGCACUUGCUCGUUCACCUGCUCCUUGCCAGCAUCCAGCUCUCCCACUCCACCAACGAAACCGCCAUGCCGCCAGCAAAUGCCCCGUGCCGGCCGGACCAGGCCUCGGCGCUGCUCCGGCUGGGGCGCUCCUUCCACUCCACCAACGAAUCCACCUGCACCCUUGCGUCGUGGCGCGCCGGCACCGACUGCUGCGGCUGGGAGGGCGUCGCCUGCGCCGCCGCCGACGGCCGCGUGACCGCCCUCGACCUCGGCGGGUGCGGGCUGGCGAGCGCCGGCGGCAUCCACCCCGCGCUCUUCGACCUGACCUCCCUGAGGCACCUCGACCUCUCCGGCAACAGCCUCAACGAGUCCCGGCUCCCGGACGCCGGGUUCGAGCGGCUCACGGAGCUCACCCACCUCAACCUCUCCUACUCCGACUUCAUCGGCAAGAUACCGGACGGGGUACGGCGGCUCAGCAAACUGGUAUCUCUGGACAUCUCCAACUGGAUCUUUCUCGUCGAAGGAGACAACGACUAUUUCCUGCCGCUUAGCGAAGGCCGGUGGCCCGUCGUGGAGCCGGACAUUGGAUCACUGGUCGCUAACCUCAGCAGCCUGAAAGAGAUCUACCUAGACACCGUUGACUUGUCCGGCAACGGGGCAGCGUGGUGCAGUGCCUUUGCUAAUUCCACUCCUCAGCUUCAGGUUCUCAGCCUGCGAAACACCAAGCUCAAUGCUCCAAUCUGUGGAUCACUGUCUCUCAUCCACUCACUGACCAAGAUCAACCUGAAGUACAACAGAUUACAUGGCCGGAUUCCAGAGUCCUUUGCUGAUUUGCCUUCCCUCAGUGUUCUUAGACUUGGCUAUAAUCUGCUCGAAGGGCCGUUCCCGUCAAGGAUCUUCCAAAACAAAAACUUGACAGUGGUUGAUAUCAGUUAUAACCUCAGAGUAUCGGGCGUGCUGCCCAAUUUCUCAUCGGAUAGUAUUCUGACGGAGCUGGUUUGCAGCAACACGAACUUCUCUGGUCUAAUUCCGAGUUCCAUAAGUAAUCUCAAAUCCUUGAAGAAAUUAGGUGUUGCAGCGGCUGACUUUCACCAAGAGCUUCCCUCCUCACUAGGUGAGCUCAGAUCCUUGACAUCGUUACAAGUUUCUGGGGCUGGUAUAGUGGGAGAAAUGCCAUCUUGGGUCGCAAAUUUAACUUCUUUGGAAAUUCUGCAGUUCUCAAACUGUGGCUUAUCUGGUCAAGUACCUUCCUUCAUAGGCAACCUCAAGAAACUAAGUACAUUGAAAUUGUAUGCAUGCAAUUUUUCUGGCCAAGUACCUCCGCAUCUGUUUAAUCUAACUACUUUGGGAGUAAUAAAUUUUCAUUCCAACAGUUUCAUUGGUACCAUCGAACUCAGCUCAUUCUUCAAAUUGCCCAAUCUAUAUAGGUUGAAUCUGUCAAACAACAAGCUUUCCAUAGUGGACGGCAAAUAUAAUUCUUCAUGGGAGUCCAUCGAUAAUUUUGAUACUCUGUGUCUAGCAUCUUGUAACAUAUCCAAGCUCCCUGAUACCUUGAGGCACAUGCAGUCCAUUGAAGUUCUUGACCUUUCAAACAAUCACAUCCAUGGCACUGUACCUCAGUGGGCAUGGGAUAAUUGGAUCGACACGCUCAUCCUGAUGAACUUAUCACACAACCAAUUUAGCAGUAAUAUAGGAUAUAGCUCUGUCAUCUCAGCUAAUAUGUUUGUUAUUGAUAUCAGUUAUAACCUAUUUGAAGGGCCUAUACCAAUACCAGGACCGCAAAACAUACUAUUUGAUUGCUCAAACAACCAAUUCUCAUCCAUGCCAUUCAAUUUUGGUUCUCAGUUAAGCAGUAUUUCCCUUCUCAUGGCUUCUGGAAACAAAUUGACUGGAGAAAUUCCACCAUCAAUUUGUGAAGCGACAAGCCUUAUGCUCCUUGAUCUAUCCAAUAAUGAUUUGGUUGGCUCCAUCCCUUCUUGUUUAAUGGAGAACAUGAGUCACUUGAAUGUAUUAAACUUGAGAGGAAACCAACUUCAUGGAAGAUUACCAAAUAGCAUAAAGCAAGAUUGUGCAUUGGGAGCAUUGGAUUUUAGCGGCAAUCAGAUUGAAGGACAGUUACCCAGAUCUCUAGUUGCUUGCAAAGACUUGGAGGUUUUUGAUAUUGGGAAUAAUCAUAUUGAUGAUACAUUCCCAUGCUGGAUGAAUAUGCUCCCUAAACUUCAGGUCCUUGUUCUCAAAUCCAACCAGUUUGUCGGGAAUGUGGGGCCUCCUGAUUCUGCAGAUAAAAAUAAUUGUGAGUUCACAAAUCUUCGAAUUUUUGACUUGGCUUCAAACAAUUUCUCAGGAUUAUUGCGUAAUGAGUGGUUCAGAACAAUGAAAUCCAUGAUGACUAAAGCUGACAAUGAGAGGUUGGUCAUGGAAAAUCAAUAUGAUCUGCUUGGUCAAACAUACCAGUUCACCACUGCAAUCACAUACAAAGGAUCUGACAUCACUUUUUCUAAAAUAUUGAGAACCAUUGUGGUCAUUGAUGUUUCAGAUAAUGCAUUUUAUGGUGCCAUUCCCCAAUCAAUUGGUGACCUUGUCCUACUCAGCGCGCUAAACAUGUCACAUAAUGUCCUCACUGGACCUAUCCCAUCUCAACUUGGCACUCUAAAUCAACUCGAGUCACUCGAUCUCUCUUCAAAUGGUCUUUCAGGAGAGAUUCCACAAAAGUUGGCAUCACUUGACUUCCUUUCAGUAUUGAAUCUGUCCUACAACAAGCUCGAGGGGAGAAUACCCGAGUCUCCCCACUUCUUGACAUUCUCUAAUCUCUCAUUUCUUGGGAACACUGGUCUCUGUGGACUUCAAGUGUCCAAAGGGUGCGAUAGCGGGACACCAGACAUUGUGCUACAUCAGUCGAAGAAGACAUCAAUAGAUAUCAUACUGUUUCUUUUUGCGGGUCUGGGAUUUGGUGUUGGAUUUGCAAUUUCAGUUACCCUUGCAUGGGGAAUCUCAUGGAGCUCAUCGCUAGCUUUCCAAGGCACGGCAAUGAGGUACCUAAACAAUGUUCUGACUUCGACCUGUCCAGCUGACUCACCAAACCAUCAACAGUUUCUCAGAAGAGACCAAUCAGUAAUUGAGCCCAGAUCGCCUGGUUGGCGUGAGAGGUGUGAUCAUGCAUCCAAACCUAGUUUGGAGUCCUCUUCAACUCAAAUUUGUGUGCCUACUUCUUCUAAUUAAUAAAACACCACUCAGUUCAUCCUUUGUUAUAUCUCAUUUUUCUGAGUUUUGAGUGAAUGAAUAGAACAUCUUUUCUUUA